GUUGUGGAUCAUUUAUAACCAGCGCGAGUCCCCAAUCCGUUGAUCUCAAAUUUUUUCUCAAAUCACGCAAAAUGGCUUCGUCAACAUCAGACAUCCCGUGCAUUCUGCCACGGCUUCCCCAAGAACUAACCAAUGCCAUUUCUCGGUACCUUGAAGGAAGCGACAUCAAGGCCCUGCGUGAAACAUGCUCAGCAAUGGCCAGGGCCGUACCACUCCGUGUCGACCGUGUAUUCAUAUCCGCAAAUUCCCUCAAUAUCCAAGUUUUUAAAGCGAUCGCAGACCACGACACUUAUCGCCACCAAGUUUAUGAGAUCAUCUGGGAUGACGCUCGUUUGUCUACUGGGCCGGAGCUCUGGGAAUCCAGGGUAGAAUUGGACGGGAACAAUUGGGGGCUAGAUAUGGCUGUAACUGAGAAUGGAUGUCCGAGGUGGUUUCAGAAAUAUUCCAGUACAUCAGAUGUUGAAUCGUACUACAACUACAACACGCCCGUUGCUGACAAUCAUAUGGGACUCGCAGAGUGCUGGGGCUAUUACAAGCCGUUGUUGGAAGACCAGAAGGAGGUUUUGGCAAGCAAUGCCGAUAUUGAAGCCUUCAAGUAUGGUCUGCAGCGUUUCACGAGCUUAACAAGGAUCACCAUCACACCGGCGACUCACGGGAGGCUUGGGCAACCACUAUACGGAACUCCUAUGAUCAGGUCGUUUCCUCCCGGAUUCGACUACCCAAUCCCAAAGCAAUGGCCUACCGUCCCAAUGGAUGAUCGCAGCGAUUGGUAUGAUCCCGGAGAAUGGCAUGACGAGCUUCCAUGGCAAUCUGAGGAGGGCGAUGCCCCGUAUCAGUGGUUUUACGGUCCCCACUGUACCAAUGAGAAAUACAAGGAGAAGUGGCGAGGCUACCAGCUCGUCAGCCGAGCCUUGUUAGAGUGUGAGAAUCAGGUCACAGAGCUCAAGAUUGGAGGCCAUGAGAUGAGCUCUGGGUUGAAUUGUCGCAUCUUUGAUCAAUCCUGCACCGAAUACGACCAUUUCUACACUCUACUGAGCCGCCCUGGGUUCCGAUAUCUUGAUCUCGAUCUAUUCACGAGCAUGAUCGAGCAGGAUGAUUGGAUAACAUAUGAGAGACGACUGCUCAGAGAUGCUUUAGCUCGCGCUAAAGGAAUGGAACAUAUAUCUAUACGCGCUUCCACCCAGAUUGAAAACGGAGAAUGUCUACAGCUCGAUCCAGAAGACCUCGAAAGGCCUCUGUUUCCCCUACGGGCAGUAUUUCCUAUCGACCACUGGCCGCGACUUAAACACUUCGGUAUCUCAAACUUCCUGGUAGAGCUAGAUGACUUGGUCGACGUUCUGUCCUGUUUGCCAUCUACAUUGCGCUGCGUCGAGCUAAUCAACUUGGCAUUUCGAAAUCUGGAUCACGAUUACGUCGACCUCAUUCACGAGAUGCGUGAUAAGCUUGACUGGCGUUCACGGCCCGUGGAAGAGAGACCGAAGGUGCAUAUGAUCUGUUGUGAGGAAGACAACGAUGAGUUCAUUGAGGUAGAUGGUGCGGUAUUUCAUAUCUGUACGGAGGUGGUGAGAACCUAUUUGAACUUGAGUCGAGGUGCGUAGCUAUACGAUGAGGGGGUGUUCGGAGAGAUCCGUUGGAUCCGGAUUGCUGAAGUCCGUUCUUAACUACAUUUUAUUGACAAUCUUCUGUACUUUAUCAAGGCCUCUAGACUCAGUUGGGAGCUCAGCAACUGUGGGUUUGAUGGCUAUAUAAUAAAUGUACUAUGUAGAAGUUCCCCAACCUAACCGCAUUGCGAACGCUGGCACAGCAGCCAUCAGCGCAUUCUGCCUUGGUUGAGAAAGCCAUGAUAGCCGUGACAGCCUCAAACAGCUAUGAUGCUUCUGUAGUAGUCAAAACUUUCUUCGUCAAAGCCGUAA